AUGGAACUGCGCCGUGACGCGGUGGAUACGUACCUUGAAUUGUUGGAACGCCCCGUGCUGCCCGAUAUUUUGGUCUGUACCAUGGCUUGGGUCCUUGGCGAGUACGGGUAUCUGUCUGACGCUAUGGAGCUUGAGGAGAUCUGUGAGCGCCUUGUGGAGCUUGUUGAUCGCCCUUUUGAGCAGGAAGACACUACGCGUGGCUACGUACUCUCGGCUGUCACGAAGAUAACGGCUCAAAUGGGACACACCAUUGAUGUGGCUGACGCAAUGAUGAACAAGUACAAAAACAGUCGGAGCACAGACCUGCAGCAACGCUGCUUCGAGUAUCUUGCGUUUACGAAAAACUUUUCUCUAAUGAACGAGGUCUUCCCGGAAGACGCAAGCUGCGAAGACAUUGAGGUCGAUUCUAACCUUUCCUUUCUCACGAGCUUUGUCGAGAAGGCUGUUGCUCAGGGAGCACCCCUCUACGAUCCACCUGAGGACUCAGAUGAUGAGGAUGAAGGAUACGGUAAUCGCCGCAAUGGCGGUGACUCGAACCGCCUCAAUUUUGAGGCGUACAAGAAGCCUGAAAUUCCGUACCCGACCAAGCUUCCACUCGCAGACCAGCAGGGGGCGUUUGGGGUUAACAAGUGGGGUAGCAACAACGUCCCGGGUGGUGCGCCCGGGCUCGGCAGUUCUAGUGGCCCAGAUCCUACUGGGGGCUUUAGUGCUGGAAAGCGAGGAGUUGUCAAGAACGUCUGGGGCCCUAUGGGUCUGACCACGCCCGACACCCUCGCACCUGCUCCACCUGGAGCUGGCAUACCUGUGGCUACUGGACCACCCGAUCCGUACAACCAAGGGGGGCAGGGUAUCUAUGGGGGACAAGGUGGCUAUGGUACGCAGCCCGCCUUCGGCGGCCAGGGACCGUACGCGGCUCAGCCCUCCCAACAGCCACCGCAGCAAGAGUAUGCUAGCCCAAGCAACUAUGAUAAUGGCGAUCCUUCGAGUGACGAUGAAGCGAAUGGCAACGUUGAUGAGCGACAGAUGUUGGCUUCGGCUAUCUUUGGCGGUAUUCCCGGUGCACCUGCUCCAAUGCCUGGGUCUCGACGCGUCGGGUCGAAUGCACGCUCCACAAUCACGUCUAGCCGUCGGACUAGUCGUUCUUCGACGCGCCGUGCAACGAGCCGGGGCGAGCAACAGCAGCCACCUCUGGCCCAAGCUCCUAUGGAGCAAGCUCCGCCUCCGCAACAACAGCGAUCGAAGGUCGAGCUGGAUUUGCUUGAUAUUUCAUUUGGUACACCUGCAGCCACGGCAGGCCCAGUUGCGUUCCAGCAGCAGGCAAUGCCGCCACUACAGCAGCAGCACCAGCAGCAGUCAAUGCCACCGCUACAGCAGCACCAUCAGCAGCAGUCGACGAUAAAUGCAGAUCCGUUUGGGAUGGGCUCUCCGCUUCCGCCCGCGCGUGUUUCCGAAGCUGCCUCGCCAGGUACCUCUGUCGACCCCUUCGACAUGUCGGGCCUCAGCUCAAGCAUGAAUGCUACUGUUGAACUAGGGAGAAGCCCUGCGAAUAGUCUGGACAUGCUUGGCGGUAACAGCAGUAGCAGCAACACAGGCGCUUUCCUGUACAACGGCCGGCAGCUGGAGCCCUGGCAGAUCACUACGCAGGACUUUGGUAGUCGCUGGGGCACGUGCCCAUGCGAGAAGAAGACAAAGGUGAACCCAAGCGGCAUUCGCACCCUUGAGGACUUUAUGGGUCGCAUGCACUUGUUCAAGGUGCACACUGUCGAAGCCAUUCCGACAACAAACGAAGCGAUUGCAGCUUGCCGUCUGAUGAACUCAGAGCACGUCGGAUUGAUUCACGUGAAGGUCCGGAGUGGGGGCUUUGUGGACCUGACGGUUCGCACCGCUGACAUGGACUUCACGGACCAGCUCUUGGACGCCACAUCCCAGCGACUAAAAUAA